AUGUAUCCUUUUCCGUCCUCUUUCUCCUCAUCGUUAACUUCAGACACUUCUCGCUAUGGCUAUGUUGUCUUUACGAUCUCUCCGGAGAUCCUCACUCUCCAUUCUCCCACCCUGCCCCAUCCGAUGGCUCUCAGUUAAUCAGUUAUCGACUUCUUCGUCUUCGUCGGUUUCUGCUUCAAUUUCGGCUGACGAUCGGUUUCGGAUCCCUUCUUUUAUUGGUUCCUUUCUCAAAUUGACCUCAGGAAUUUUGCUAGGAUCUGGAUUAGGGUUUCUUUAUGCGUCUGGUAGUUCUGCUACUCCAGCACUUGCUCUUGCGGAGUCAACUGCUGUGGAUAGUGUUGAAGAUGGCGUUGUUGAGCAGCCGUGUUCGAAUUCGUUUUUUAGGAAAUUUUCUCUACCGGAAAUCUCCUCCAAGUUUCUGUUUAAAGAGGAGUUUCGUCGAAAGGUAUUCUUCAAUUACGAGAAACGUAUUCGAUUGUACAGCCCUCCGGAGAAGGUCUUUGAGUAUUUUGCAUCAUUUCGUGCGCCAGAUGGAGAAUUACUCAUGAGACCAAUGGAUCUAAUGCGGGCUGUGAUUCCUGUCUUUCCACCUUCCGAGUCGCAUCUGGUAAGAGAUGGAUAUUUAAGUGGGGAAAGGAACCCUGGGAUGCUUCGUUGUGCCCCUUCGGAUUUGCUCAUGCUUUUUGAUAUAAACAAUGAUGGGCUUGUUUCUUUUAAAGAGUAUAUUUUCCUGAAAACACUACUCAGCAUCCCAGAAUCAAGUUUUCUUGUGACGUUUAAAAUGUUUGACCGCAACGAUGAUGGGGAGAUUGAUAAGGAAGAAUUCAAGAAAGUGAUGGCUUUGAUGCGGUCUCAUAUUCGACAAGGGGCUCAACAUAGAAAUGGACAUCGUAGCAGGUUGAUUGUUGAUGGCUGUGUGGAGAAUGGAGGCCUAGUAGACUACUUCUUUGGUAAAGAUGGAGACGCAGGUCUCCAACUUGAUAAAUUUGUCCAAUUUAUGAAAAAUUUGAAGAUUGAGAUGUUAAGAUUGGAGUUUGCACAUUAUGACUAUAAACUAAGAGGAACCAUAUCCGCCAAGGACUUUGCAUUGUCCAUGGUUGCCUCAGCUGACUCGUCUCAUUUAAGUGGGUUGCUUGAUCGAGUUAAUAGAAUGGACGAUAACCCACAUUUGAGGGACAUUCGUGUCACAUGGGAAGAGUUCAAGGAUUUCGACGCCCUACGUACAAAAUUGCAACCAUUUUCGCUGGCAUUAUUUAGUUAUGGAAAGGUUAACGGCUUCCUGACGAAGAAUGAUUUUCAGCGGGCUGCAUGCCAGGUGUGUGGCAUCAAUCUGACAGACGAGGUUGUGGACAUAAUUUUUCAUCUAUUCGAUACAAAUUGUGAUGGGGAACUGAGUGCAGAGGAAUUUAUUAGAGUAUUGCAUAAUCGAGAGAAGGAUGUUGCUCAGCCUUUGGAGGCAGGAAUGAUGGGGCUUUUCUCUCGCAGCUGGAGUUGCGAAACCAGCUCCUAAUUCUUGCAGGUUUGCUUCCUUUUUCUCUACUAGGUUUUAGUUUGUGUAAAGUUUAGUCUACCAGAACGCCUGCCUACCCGCCUCUAACCCCAGAUGGUUCAAAAUGUAAAUAAUACCAUAUGUUUUCUCCAAAGGGACUACCUUAGUAAUUAGCUCUUAAAUGUAUUAGGCUGGAAAUGUAAUAUUCUUUUAUAAAAGAAAAUCUUUAGAACUGCUUCUAACUCAAAGAAAUACGAAGGGUGUUACAAAUAGACACAUCUUUUGUUUGCAA